UCAUUUCUCUCUCACACAAUCAGAGUCCGUGAAAAAGCUGAUCAAACAAACACAAGAAUGUCUAAACUUUUCAUCUUCACCAUCUUCCUUCUGCUUAGCUUUGGCCUUAUCCACGCCUCUCGUCCCAACGUUGGAUUUGGCGGCCACUCCUCUCUGGAUGAGGGUGCUAUGGAGAUGAGGACAGAGCUGGAAGUUGAAAACUGCGACGAAGCAGUGGAAGGGAAGGAAGAAUGCUUGAUGAGAAGGACGCUAGCGGCACAUGUCGAUUAUAUCUACACCCAGAAGCACAAACCCAAAAAUUAAACGUCAUCACUGUCGUUGGUUUUUUAUAUCAACUCAUGCAUCCUCCAAUCUAUUACAAAUACAUACAAUAAUGGAUAAAUGGAACACAAGUAUAUAUAGUGAUUGCCUGUGUUAUUGUUAAUAUACAUAUGUUCUUCGUUUCAUAUGUGAGCUGAAUAAGCAUCUGGCUGUUUGAGUUGUCGUAAAAUUAUCACUCGCAAGUGUUUAUCUUCCA